AAUCCCAGGAACCUUUUUCGAAAAUCUGUUUGUGCAUUCAUAUACAACACAAGCUGACAUGCUUCAAAAAGAAAAGAAGAAAAAAUAUUGUAAUUACGGACUUCCUUGCACAAGUCACAACGAUAACAGUAACAUGGCUGCCAAGCUUCACUGUUUAAGUUGAACCUUCCUUCCUUCCUUCUAUUCUAACCUCCUUGGUUUUUUCCCAUUAUUUUACGACUUGAGCAGAUGGAAGCGCCCUCUAUAGUACGUUUAGUAAAACUCGUGUACUACAGUAACUUACACGUUCUGUAAAGAAUAGUUUGUUUACAGACUGAAGCAUACCGUUUUGUUGUUAAAGCGCUUUAAGUGCACAGGAUGUCAGCUGGUGAGCAGUGAAAGGUGCUCAUGGCAUAACAAACAAAGGUACUGGCAAUCUAUGGAUGUUUUGCAUUGUUUAUGAAGAAUGUUGUGCCUUGUAAGUCAAGCUGACUCUGUGAUAAUAGAGGUUGAAGUUGAUACGAAAGCCAAAGGAAAGCUAUGUCUUGAUAAAGUAUGUCAGAUGUUGGGCAUUAUAGAAUCAGAUUACAUGGGCUUGCAAUAUGUCGGCCCACAUAAUGAGAAACUGUGGUUGAAUUUGCGAAACCAAAUCAGAAGGCAAUUGCCUGGUCCACCACCAUAUCGUAUGCAUCUUAGAGUGAAAUUCUUUGUUCCACCACAUCUUGUGCUGCAAGAUAUAACACGCCACUUGUUUUAUCUUGAUGUUCGACGAGCCUUUGUUGAGAAUCGGUUGCGCACAACUGGCAGUCAUCAGUUAUACAGGCUUGCAGCUCUAGUAGCUCAGAUUGAACUAGGAGAUUUAAAUACAGAAGGUGGAACUGCAGCUGCUUUACUCAACUAUCCCAAGUUCCUGCCAUCUAAUUACUGUGUGUCUAGUAACUCAGAUGAUAUUGAUCGACCACAUAUACGUGUACGUUGGCGAUCCGGUGGCAGUAGUGAUUGUAAUAGCAAUAGCACUGAUGACAUUGUAUAUUAUGGAAGAGAGGAAGAGCAGCAACAAGUUUGCAUUGAAACAGACAAGACAGCAAUUGCUCAAUUGUGUCAGAAUGUUUUGAAAGAACAUAUGCUGCUUAAGGGUACAAAAUCUAAUGUUGCAGUUUAUCAGUUUCUCAAAGAAGCGUCUGAGCUUGAAGACUUUGGAAUGGAGCAGUACUUCGUCAAGAAUCGAAAUGGUGAAACACUUAGGAUCGGUGUGGGGCCAACUGGCAUUCUCAUACAUGAUCUUAAUCUGCAGUUAAGGCACAGUAUCACCUAUGCCUCUAUUCAUGUCACAACUCAUGCUGGUCGAUGUUUCAUUUUAACGUUCCUCAAUCAUACUGGAAAGUCUGAAGUAUUGGGUUUUAAGUUAGAGAAUUGCCAUACUGCGAGUGCUCUGUACCGAGCUGUUACUGAAAAACAUGCUUUUUACAGCUGUGAAACAGUGCGUAAUGCUGUUACAUCUCAGUUUAUUAGAGACUUAAAAGGAACUAUUGCGUCAAUCUUCAAUGAGAAUACUGCACUUGGUAAAAACUAUGUGUUUGAUAUUCAGAGGACUUGCAGAGAAGUGUAUGAUCACACGCGAAGACUCUUGUAUCAGAUGGAAGAAGAUAUGCUUAAACAAAAUUCUAAGAACUCUGAUUCUGCAAAAAGUCCUUCAAUGCAGGAUUUCAGUGUGCUUGGUCAAGAAUGUCAUUCUGCCACAUGCAAAAUAAUUCAAGAAGAACUUGCUGCUAUACAAGACUCAAUGUUAUGCAGAGUGUGCAUGGACUGUGAUGCAAGUACUGUAUUUUUUCCAUGCAGGCAUGUAGCUUGUUGUAACACAUGUGCUCCAAUGUGCCAGAACUGUCCUCUUUGUCGUAGUGAUAUCUCUGAAACUCAACAUAUCUACCUACCAUACUCAGGCCAUCGUGAUAUUGCAAGGUAGAUUAGGAAGUGUUUGUUGUAAAGUCUGCAACUUCUGAACGAUGAAGACACUAAUUUUAAUACUACUAAUGUCUUUUAGUUUGCAGAACAUUUUAAAUGAGUAUUAAUUUAUAUCCGUGAUAACCAGUAUUUAUAAUAUAUAGAGUGAGACACAUUUAAUUUAUUGAAUGAUUCCUGUAAAAAAAAAUUCAGCUACACAUGUUACAUUUUUUUAAUGUUAUGAAAGACUGAUUUUUUUAUGUCAAAAAAUUGUUUCAUCAGAGCUGAAUGAUUUUGUAAGCCUGAUUUUUCGAAUUUGUAUUUCUUAAUAUUUGUUUUGAUAGUGUGUAUUAUUUAAGCAUGUUUUUUUUUUUUUUUUUUUAGUGUAUGUAACUAACUGAUUUACUAUUUCAGUUUAUUACUUAUAUUUCAAAAUUAAAAGUAUGUGACUUUUUUUUAAUGUAUGGAAAGUUCUGUUAUACUAGUGCUUAAGUAGGGGAAAUUAAAGGGCAAUUAUUUCAUAAAUAUAUUUAAAAUAUAUCCCAAGUUUAGUGUUUUUGAAUUUCCAUUUUUUCAAAACAAAUUACUUACAAAUGUAUCUAUUUUCAUCUUUUUGAUGUUACAUAAUCAUAAAUUUAAUUGUGGAAAAGUGAAAUAAUUUUAGAAAAGGUUAAAAUUAAUAUUCUAAAUAAAAUAUGUACUGUAUAAAUGACAUGCUGUAUCAUUUUCUUGAUAAACAAAUCAUAUUUUAUCAAAAGUCUUUAGAUAAAAUAGAAUAGAUAUUAUCCUUUUUACUCUUUUAAACGUAUUUAUUUUUAGUUAAUUUUAUAUGAAACUACCUGAUCAAAAUACAGCAUGUUGUUUUAUCUCAAAUCUCAAGUUUACAUUUCUCCUAUGUAUCAUUUUUGGAAGAAGAAAGCAAAUAAUAGAUGAGAAGUUGUUAGAUGUGGAAAAUAUGAAUUUGGAGUCCUGUGAUUCUAAUCUUGUGGAACUGAUUAAAUGUUAGUCAUGUAAUAUAAUGAAAAAUAUGAACAUACGUCCUUCAGUUCUAAGUGUUUGUAAAUACUGUAGAUUUUAAAGUGAAAAGAUGCUGAAUGUUCUUAUACUCUAAUGGAUUUAUUUUAUUAAUCCCCAAGUUGCCAGGACUAGUUAUAAUGAACUGAUUAGUCAGCAGUCGGAGCAAUUUAAAAUUGGUUUAAGAUGUGGAGUAAACUGUUGUUCAAGUACAUUUAAAUUUUCAAACAAAAAUUUUUGGAAACUAUUCAAGUCAGAACCAACUUUCUCAAAUUAUUAAUAGAAUAAAUGUUUAAUUUAUAGCAUACUUAUAUUCUGGUUUGAUAACUUUCUUGUAAUGUAAACUAAUAAAUCCUGUUUAAUUUUUUUUAAAGGGAAAAUUUUCAUUUAAUAAUAAUAACAUUGCAUAUGUGAGGUACAUUAAUAAAUUACAUAUUAAGGUAAAACUGAAUUUUAGAUUUGUGUUAUGAGGCUCUCUCUGAAUUUUUCAUUUGCAUGGUUUCUGAAAUAAUAAGCACUUUUUAAAUAAUACAAAAGUUUUACUUACAGUACUUAUUCACAUAUAUACAAUAUAUUCUUGAAUAAAUAUGUUAUAUUUUUGUUUAAUAGUUAGGCACCUAAGUUAUUGAGCAUAGACAGUUUGUAUUUCAAAAAUUAAAAUAUUUCUCUGUUAUUAAACAAUACUUUCUUCACAAUUACACUACAUUUAGUUCAGUACCAGAACCCAAAGGGAAAAAAAAGUUAAAAAAAGCAUGCCUUUAGAAUUUAUUUUCAGUGGUAAGUGCUGCAAUACACUUUUUUUUUUAGCCCCGAAAGGUUGUUAUUCUUGAGCCUCACUUUAACAUUGAAUCAGUUGUUGGUUAAUUUUUUCAAAUUUCAGCACCCAGCUGCCUGAAAUAGCUACUAUAAAAAUGAAAAUAUUUAUAAUGCUUUUUUAGUAAAUCCACCUAGUGUCAUUUCACAGGUCCAGCUGGUAAUUAAUAAGCGAGAUAAAGAACUGCCUCUCUAGCUUUUAAAAUGCUUUUAAUUUAUUAAUCAGAAACAGGUGGAUUAAAUGUAAAAGAAAUAUUAAACAUAUUGCGCUUUCCCAAAUGGCAACAAACUGGUGUGAGUGGUGGAAAUCUAAAAUAUUAUAUUGGAUAUCUUUAGAAUUCUUGAAAAAAAGUAUUAAAUGUUGCCAUAUAAUUUUUGGAGACUAUUAUGAUAUCUGGUGCUAGAAAAAAGUAUUAGAACUAAAACUCUGUAUAGUUCUUAGUGAUAAUGCUUUUUUUUUAAUCACCAGAGUUAUGUAGAGAGAGUAUGUGGCAGUGAGACCAGCUUUUAUUGAGUACAUACCAUAAAGAAGUCUGCUAGUAUUCAAUAAAGACAUAUUUUGAAUUUUGAGGGGAAGGAGAUUGAAAUUAUACUUUUUUCACACCAGCUGUUCCAAAGUUUUAUUUUAUGUAUUUCUUUAUAAUUAGCCCAAAAGGAUUAUUAGUCUAGAAUAUGAUUUUGCAUUGAAGAAUAGUUAUAAUUUUGUGGAGUUUAACAAAAUACUCAACUUCCAGCAUAUUGAAAUAGAUCAGAGUCUAAUAUGUUUUUUAUAUACAUGUAUAGUUUAUUAUGCUAUUCCUGGCUGCUGCAAAAAUUAGCAAAUUUUCUAAAAAAAGUCAGAAAUAAAAAAAUUUUACAAAAAUACUUAAGACUUUUUUCUCAUCUAUUCAUUAGAAACAAAAUAUAUCCUUUUCUGUAGUAGAUGUUAAGUCCAUAAUCGACACGCGUCCUGUGACUGCAAAAUAUUCGCACAAUGUUUGAAGGUGAUAUUAGCUAUUAAAUGUAGGAUUAAUGUUCUAAGUAUUAAGAAGUAUUUUUGACAUUUUGCAUUGUAUUUGAUAAUUGACUACAUCUUCAUCUGAUGAUGUUUUUCACAUUAUACCAUAAAACUAUUAUUGUAAGUUACUUUUGCAAAAAAGCAUUUCUUAUAAAAAUUAAUAAAAUUUUCUAUUUUGUAAUGAUAAAUUUAAAUGCAUCAAAUGCUUACAUUUUGAUAAUUCUGCAUUACAAAUGUAGACGUAUUUAUUUAUUUAUUAUUGUGCAAUUACAUUUUAAUAAUUCUUUCGUUUAACAUCCAGUAUUUUAAAACAAAAUAUCUGAAGUCAUAUGUAUAUUUCAGUAUUGUAUUGUAUCUACAUAAUAAUUAUACUGUCUUCCACACUUUGUUUUUAUAAUUUUUUUUUUUUUUGCUUUAUUUAUGUAAUAACAAGUCCAUUGUAGAAUAGUUGUGAUACUUGUUAUGUGAGUAGAAAUACUUACCAGUAUUUUUAUGUGCACAAACUUCAUGUACCUAAUACUUAUUAAAAUUUAUAGAUUUUA